AUGGGCUCCAUCAGUGCAGCAAAUGCAGAAUUUUGCUUUGAUGUGUUCAAAGAACUGAAAAUCCACCAUGCCAAGCAGAACAUUUUCUUUGCCCCCCUGAGCCUCAUGUCAGCCCUGUCUAUGGUCUAUAUGGGAGCAAGAGGUAACACUGAAUCUCAGAUGGAGAAGGUUCUUCAUUUUGAUGAAAUUGCAGGACUUGGAGGAACUAUUCCCAGCAAAUGUGGCAAGUCUGUGAAUAUCCAAAUACUGUUUAAAGAACUUCUCUCUGAUAUCACUGCACCGGAAGGCAAUCAUUCGCUUCACAUUGCCAACAGACUCUAUGCUGAAAAGACAUGUCCAAUCCUACCGAUAUACCUAAAAUGUGUUAAGAAACUGUACAGAACUGGUCUGGAAAUGAUCAACUUCAAAGAAUCAUCAGAUGAAGUCAGACAGCUUAUUAAUUCCUGGGUGGAAAAUAAGACAAAUGGACAGAUCCAAGACUUCCUUGAACCAAGCUCUAUUGACCUCGAUACUGCGCUGCUACUUGUAAGUGCUGUUAACUUCAAAGGGAUGUGGAAGAAAGCAUUUAGGAAAGACCACACCAAAGAAGUCCUCUUCAGAGUGACAGAGAAAGAAAGCAAACCUGUGCAAAUGAUGUGUCAGAAUGGUACAUUCAAAAUGGCAGUGGUGGCUGCUGAGAAAAUAAAAAUCCUGGAGCUUCCUUACGCCAGUGAAGAGCUGAGCAUGGUGGUGCUGCUGCCUGAGGAUGUUUCCAGACUGGAGCAGCUGGAGAGCACAAUCAGCUUUGAAAAAAUAACUGAGUGGACCAGUCCUGACUUGAUGGAAAAGAAGAUAGUGCAAGUGUGCUUCCCUCGCAUGAAGAUUGAGGAAAAAUAUAAUCUCACAUCUGUCUUAAUGUCUUUGGGCAUGACUGACGUGUUUGGCCCUUUGGCCAAUUUGUCUGGCAUAUCUGAAGCAGAGAAUCUGAAGAUAUCUAAGGUUUUCCAUGGGGCAUCCAUGGAAGUCAAUGAGGCAGGUGUCGAGGUGGCAGGCUCAACUGAGGAUGUGGAAGACAUCAAACAGUCUCCUGUAUCUGAGGAAUUUAGGGUCAGCCACCCAUUUAUCUUCUUGAUCAAACACAACCCAACCAAUGGCAUCAUCUUCUUUGGCAGAUAUUUUUCCCCUUAA